AUGUUCCGUAUACUCGAGUCUCAAGCACCUGCAAAGCAGUCAGCCACUGAAACAAUCAAUGUGUUGAGUAGCAGAUUGGCCAGCGCAUCCUUAUUAGAAGAUCGUCGUGCUGCAAUCCUAGGGCUUAGGAGCUUUGCGAAAGAGUAUCCUGCUUCUGUGGCGUCCGGCGCUUUAAGAGGCCUUAUCAGCAGUCUAAGGAGGGAUAUUGAGGAUGUCGACACAGUUAAAAUUAUAUUGGAGACAUUACUCAUAUUAUUUAGUCCCAAUGAGGCGAGUCCAGAAUCGUCGGACGACAUUGCGCUUUGGCUAGCAGAUGAAUUUACACAGCGACAAGAUAACAUAACGAUCCUCCUGAACUUACUCGAAACUACUGAAUUCUAUAAUCGUCUCUAUACUUUGCAGCUGCUCUCGGCAAUAUUGUCUGCCCGGCCUGAACGAACUCAAGAGAGCAUUUUGGGGGCUCCAUUGGGAAUAUCUCGCCUUGUCUUGACGUUGGACGAUCGCAGAGAAGCAAUCAGGAAUGAGGGAUUGCUACUGCUUGUUGCUCUCACACCUUCAUCAUCGGAGUUGCAAAAACUAAUUGCAUUUGAAAAUACUUUUGAGCGGCUCUUUCACCUUAUCCAUUUGGAGGGCUUGCUAACCCAAGGGGGGAUAAUCGUGCAGGACAGUCUCUCGCUCCUUGCGAAUCUGCUCCGCUUGAAUGGUCCGAAUCAGACUCUCUUCCGUGAAUCGGGCUUCGUGGGGAAGGCAGUCUCGUUAUUGAGCGAGGGUUAUGAUGACAACGUCACUCAAGGCGGGGCUGAAAAUUUAAUGACCUCUCAAAGAGAGAAAAACACGUGGGGUUUACUAGCGACAUUAAGAUUACUUCUUGUGCCUGGAAGUUCCGGCACGAAAGCGAAUCAAUUCGCUUUUUGGCAAGCAGGGCUUUAUUUUCAGAUCCUGCGCUUUGCUUUAGACCGGGGUGUACAGUCUACUGUGAGAUCCGAGGCACUUCUGACCUGCGCCGAUCUUAUCCGAGACAAUUUCCGGCUCCAAGAGGCUUUUGCUCAGUAUGAGGUUACGUCGAUCUUCAAGAUCACGAGUGAAGAACAGGGUCGUGACAAAAACAACCCGAGGAUGUACGUUAUUGAUGCGCUGCUUCAACUCAUCCUUGAAACCUCAUCGUUCAAAAUUUUUGAUGUUCGCUUUGCUGCCUGCGAGUGCAUCAAAUCCUACUUUAAUGGUCACGAUUUAGUUCGACUGCAUUUUCUCAGGAGAGCUAUUGAGGGUCACAAAUCUGGCGGCGACGCUACAGCAAAUGUCUUGUCGACUUUGAUGAAGGACUCUGUGAUCGGCCAGUCCAACGACCCCUACCGCACUUGGUUUGCCUCUGUCCUUUUCUUUCACUUGCUGUUUGAGAACCCUGAAGCAAAGGACUUGGCAUUGAGGGUUACAGAGGGAAAUGAAUCGUGCGGAGAAGAGGUAAUUACUUGCAUACAGGCCAUCACUGGUAAUCUGAUUUCAGGACUUCAGAGGAAUGAGGACGAAAGAGUGAUUGUCGGGUAUUUGAUGGUCCUCUGUGGAUGGAUGUUCGAAGACCGCGAGGCAGUCAAUGAUUUCCUUUGCGAGGGAAGCAGUAUCCAGAGUCUGGUUCAGACGAUCGCCCGUGACGACCAGGAAAGGCCAAUAGCUCAAGGGCUUUGUGCAGCACUGCUAGGCAUCAUUUAUGAAUUUUCCACGAAAGAUUCUCCCAUCCCAAGACGAACAAUACAGUCAACCCUCUUUUCACGGCUUGGGCGAGAAGCAUACGUGCAGAGGCUGAAGAAACUUCGCGAGCACCAGUUUCUUCGUGAUUUUGAAGUCCUGUCUAAGGCAAGCGGCACAAAUUCAAUCAUAGGCCCGCCGGAUGUAUUCUUCGAUCAGACGUUUGUGGACUUUCUGAAGGAUAACUUUAGUCGCCUUAUCCGAGCUCUGGAUCGUGACCCAGGCUUUGAAGUCGUGCUGCUGACAAAUGACGGAAUUCCGAGAGAUCUAGUUGAUUCUCUUCGGGCCGAGUUGGAGAAUAAAAGCCAAGUCUUGAGAAAACUGGAAGUUCAACUGAUUGAGAACGAGCAAAGAUACGUACGAGAAAAAGAAGAGGAGGUGCGAGUUCGGAGCGAGCUGUCCAACGAACUGAAGCGCGUUACUGCUACGAAUCAGCAUAUCCGGAAUGAUUACGAGGAACGUAUCCGUGACCUAGCUGGAAUGUCUCAACGAGCUACUGGGGAGCUUGAAAGGCGGCAUGCUGAAAUUGUGAACGCUCUGGAGGCUCAGAUGAGCACUAAAGAGCAGGAAACUGCUCAGAUCAUCGGAACGGCGCAGCGUGAGUUUGAGGAUGACAUCUCGAGGCUUCGGCAGUCGAUUCGAGAUCUUACAUCAAGAAUUGAGGAAGAGAAAUUGCAUCAUCAUACCGUUUUGGAAGACGAACGUAGAGUGUCAGCGGAGGAGAUCUCUGAAAUCGCAGCUCGUCUUCGUUUGGCUGAUGCUCGCGCCACAGAGGCGGAGCUUCGGGAGCAACAAAGCCAAGAUGCUGCACGAGAGCUACAGGCACAACUUGAUAAAACCGAACAAUUGCUUGCCAAUGAAGUCCAUAUCCGAACAGGAAUUCAGGCAGAAAUCGACGAUUUGCUGAUCGUGCUUGCUGAUUUGGAGGAAAAACGAGCGAAGGAUAAGCAACGGCUCAUAUCACUCGGUGCUGAAAUUUCUGAUAAUGAAGGUGAUAGCAAUGAUAGUGAUAAUAAUACUUAA